AUGUCUCGAUUGUUCACUCCAGCUCCCGCACCACCCACCCAGUUGGGCCAGUACCGCAUCCUCUCCUCGUCAGCCGGGGUGCGUGUCUCCCCGCUGCAGCUAGGAGCCAUGUCCAUUGGCGACGCCUGGUCCAAUUUCUUGGGCGGAAUGGACAAGGAACGAUCCUUUGCGCUGCUGGACGCCUUCUAUGAGAAAGGAGGCAACUUCAUCGACACAGCCAACAACUACCAGGACGAACAGUCGGAGACAUGGCUGGGCGAGUGGAUGGCCUCGCGAGGCAUUCGUGACCGCAUCGUGCUCGCUACCAAGUUCACCACGCACUACAGGUCCUACGAAAUCGGGAAGGGCAAUGCUGGGAUUAAUUAUUCCGGAAACCAUCGGCGCAGUCUGCACGUCAGCGUCCGCGAUUCUCUGCGGAAGCUGCGGACGGACUAUAUCGAUAUCCUGUACCUGCACUGGUGGGACUACACGACCUCCAUCAAGGAGAUUAUGGACAGUCUCCAUAUCCUCGUGGAGCAGGGGAAGGUGUUGUAUCUGGGUAUUUCGGAUUCCCCAGCGUGGAUUGUCGCAGCGGCGAACACCUAUGCGAUCGAGAACGGUAAGACACCGUUCAGCAUCUACCAGGGUCUGUGGAAUCUUCUCGAGAGAUCAUUCGAGCGUGACAUAAUCCCUAUGGCUCGUCAUUUUGGCAUGGCAUUAGCACCGUGGGGAGUGCUGGGUCAGGGGAAGUUCCAGACGAAAAAGGCACUGGAGGAGCGCAAGAAGGCCGGCGAGAUCCUGAGGAGCACGCGAAACUCUAAUUAG